AUAACCUGUAGUGUCCACCGUGACCUGUAGUGUCCACCGUGUCCUGUGGUGUCCACUUGUAUGGUAUCUACCUACACUGUUGCUAUUUUGUACUCUGUAUAUAUUGUCAGUAUUGGUGGCGAGUACGUACGAGUACUCAGAAAAUCUACCCGUUGGUGUCUGUCUUUUUCUUUAUUAGUCUGUGUACUUUCCAUGUCUGGUGACUUAAUUACGGACAGGUCCAAGGACGUGUUUUGUACCUGUGUUCGUAAUAACACCAGACUCGGCCAAGAUUCAUCUCAGAAAAAGAAAAAGAUUCUUAGCAUCCUGCAGUCCAAGAAUGUCUCUGACUCUGACGUUAGUGUUCAUGUUCUACGUCCUACUUGUUCUUCAAUGUUCUACUCGCUACUAUUUCCUUCAUGUUCUACUCGCUACUAGUUAAUCCAUGUUCUACUCGCUACUAGUUAAUCCAUGUUCUACUUGCUACUAGUUCCUUUCUCCGAGCUAGCGUCGACACACCAGAUCUCUGGAGCAGCAUCCACACAGGAGCUUGAAACGUUAAUAAGAUAUUUCUUAUUCCAUGAAAAAGGCCUUUUUUUGGGGGGGGAGGGGGGACAAAUUGUGAACAUGGUGACCGAAUAAAAACGACAAUAAAUAUAAUUUACUUGAAGUGGAGAUUGUGUGUACAGGUGAGCGUGUGUAUGUGUGUGUCAGGGUCCUCAGUCUGCGACGCUGCUGUUUACCUGGACGAGACUGCUGACGGAGGUGUGGAUCCCUGCCAAGCCUGCGGCUGUACCAGCUUCCGGGAUGACCUGAGGCAGGAGUACAGACGCCUGGCUGCCCUCACCAGGACCCAUCUAAUGAAUCUCAACGAGGAGAAUCCAGAGCUGGAGGUGUGGAGGGAGGUAGUGGCCUCCCAGGAGGAGGUCUUCCAUCCUCUCAACGUGCUGAGAGCCAAGGCUGUGGAUGCCUUGCUUACAGCCACUGUCAACUGCAGAGGCUGGCACAGUGCCUUGGCCCUAGCCAAGCUCAACCACAGUGCCAUCAGACACUACUACGGUGCCAGCCACCCGACCUACGGUCUCUUCCUCCUCAAGUUGGCUAAGAUAGAGCUGUGCAACAUGGCCUUCAGCAGCGCCCUGCAACACCUCCAGGAGGCUGAGAAGAUCCUGGAGGCUGGUCUGGGGUCCAACCAUCCCCUGGUCUACAACGACCUCAUGUGGUUGCUGGUGCAGGCCAGCGAAGAGACCAGAGUACAGAUCCAGCGCUCUCUCAUGUUUGGUGAGAGAGGGGUCCAGCACCCGGACCAGGAGCUGAGACACGACCAGACACAUCACUCCACAAACCGGGCCAGAAGCUGAGACACACUGGAUUCCAUUUCCACUUUACUGAGGUUAAAAAAAUGAACAUGACUUCAGUAAACUGACUUCACACUGGCCGAGUCAUCCUGGAACAAUGAGAGUAUGAAGUCUGCUGACACACAACUUUCACCACUGUCUCCUGGACGUCCUUCCAGCACACUGGAAAACAUAUCAACGCCUACAAAAACCUUCAUAUACACCAUUUCUUCGAGACUGGGCAAAUAACAUGCAUCAGUAGCAAGCAUCCUGAGCUCCCUACAAUCCAUUAGCUAGUAUCCUGAGCUCCCUACCAUCCAGUAGUAAGUAUCCUGAGCUCCCUACCAUCCAGUAGCAAGCAUCCUGAGCUCCCUACCAUCCAGUAGCAAGCAUCCUGAGCUCCCUACCAUCCAGUAGCAAGCAUCCUGAGCUCCCUACCAUCCAGUAGCAAGCAUCCUGAGCUCCCUACCAUCCAGUAGCUAGUAUCCUGAGCUCCCUACCAUCCAGU